GAUCUGGUAAAUCCUCAGGUUUACCAAGCUCUGGCAAUUCAAGGAGCCAAAGUGCUUAGCGUCCCAAGAGCCAAAGAUCUUAAAGAGGUCCAAUUCGAUCCGUCGUAUGAAAAUCAAAAGAAGCAGUACUCGUUUUCUUACAAGGUGGUGUCGGGACGCGGCGACGGCGGAGGCGACGAUUUCUCGCACAGGCAGUCGCAGAAUUCGCACGCGACGAACGGUGAAUAUCGGGUAAAAUUGCCAGAUGGCAGGCUGCAAAUCGUUUCAUACACUGCGGACAGGAACGGCUACAAAGCCGACGUGAAAUACGCGGAAAACGAGAGACGAUUCUAUGGAGACGUCGCAGAAUCAGGAUCAGCAUCAGGGCUAGCAGGAUCAGGGCCGGCACCGGCGUACUUCCUAUCCGAUCAACCGACAAAAGUGGCUUCGGAUUACGCCGCCAAACCAGACGCCUCCACCUCAUACUACUUCCACCACUCCACCGCUGCUGAUGCUGCUUUUGAAGCGGUAGACGGAAAUCCCAUCUACGGAAUCGCACAAUACUGAAGGAGGAACACGAGGAUUCCAUAAUUCAAACAUCCUGUUUUCUUUAUUAUUC